UUCAAAUGGAGAGAUGAGGCUAUUCUGCGGAAAUACACUUUACCAAGUGCCAAGUGCCAUGUGGAGUAAAGGGAGGAAUGAUUCAGAAAACAGAAGUGGGGCAAGGGUAGGCUUUGGGGAAGGGGAUUGGAGGGGUAUGUUGCAGGAUUGCACCCAGUCAUAGAGGAGGCAGAGGCAAGGCUAAAUAACUUAACUUUGAGAUUUUAAUUGGAAAAGUCAGGAAUUGGGAGAUCAGAAGAGAUAACAAAAGGAGACAUUCUGGCUGAAACUGCGUAUUUUGGUUUUGUAAACUAGAAUCGCAGUUUUUAAUAAAAAUGCUGCUAACCAGCCUUCGUUGGAAUUUUCACUGUGCAACGCGAAAAAUGAAUUUCAACUUUAAAUAAAAGGGUGGGAAUGUCAAGCUGACGCCAGGAUUUUGCGGGGUAGUGGGGGGGGGGGGAGACCCAAAGAAUGCGGGGGAGGGUUUUUGACAUUGGGCUGAGAUGUGGGUGGGAGUACAGUGCCGCUUUAACCCCGUCUCAGGGGAGGUGCAGAGUUCGCUCCGGGCAUGCGCUCACCGCCCGGGAUGGAGUUCAGGGGAAAAGCGACAAGAAAUCGGUGCCGAGUCUGACAGAGAGAGGCGCUGGAGCCGGGGGGGUGGGCUGGGGCUGGGGCUGGGGCUGGUCCGCCUCCGCCGGGCCGAGCGAUCGCCAGCGCUCCCGCUAAUUCCUGGCCCAAGCAGCGAUCCGGGAUCGGCACCCGCCUCGGACUCCGGUGGAUUCCAGAUCGCAGGCGAUCGGGAGAAUCGGGAUCCCACUGAAUGAUUGGCGGCGAGAGACAACUCCGGCGCAGGAUUGAACAUUUUGUUGAAGCGAUUUUCCAGGCUGUGCUCAGUCGUUACCAUUGUUCCUUCUCAGAGCUGUUACCGUGAGGAUGCAUUCUCUGGAUGAGCCCUUGGAUCUGAAGCUCAGCAUUUCCAAGCUUCGGAUGAUGAGGGACAAGAAACAGAAAGUCUAUGAGACGACCGAGGAAAGCAGUGCCCGAAGAGAGUUGAAGAUGACAUCUGACAGGAUAGCCAUCAUCACACCAGCAUCUCCUCAAUCCAUCCAGUCUGGUCUUUCAAUCAGUUCCAAGGAUCAGGAGAAGUUGGACUUGCAUUUCUCUCCUGCCCGGAGGUCAGACUCCAUUGUGGACCUCAGCUUGUCCCCAGGUUCUGGCCUUGAUUCUCCUCCUGGAUCAGCUGCACUGCCUGAGGAGCUGCAGAAUGGUGACGAUGUGUCACCCAGUGUCAGUACUGAACCACAGCCAAUCCGCUUUCUGGAAGGAAGUCAGGGUUCACAGACAUUGCAGUUUUUCCUGCCUUUGGGUUCCACCAGCCCAGUGCACCUCCCAUCCCCUUUACUGGUGACACCUCCGAAAGAAAUGCAUAACUUGUUGGAGCUCCCCAUGGAACAGCUAGCAUGCAGGUGGCACAAGUGUAACCAGCUCUUUGAAUCACUCCAGGAUCUGGUGGACCAUGUGAAUGACUUUCAUGUAAAACCAGAGAAGGAGACCGGUUACUGUUGCCACUGGGAAGGCUGUGCUCGGAGAGGAAAGGGAUUUAAUGCCAGGUACAAGAUGUUGAUUCACAUCCGAACUCACACCAACGAGAAGCCCCAUCGCUGCCCGACCUGUAACAAGAGCUUCUCUCGCCUGGAGAACCUCAAAAUACAUAACCGAUCGCACACAGGUGAGAAGCCCUACAUCUGUCCUUAUGAAGGCUGCAAUAAACGAUACUCCAACUCCAGUGACCGAUUCAAACACACCCGGACACAUUACGUGGACAAACCAUAUUACUGCAAAAUGCCUGGCUGCCACAAGAGGUACACAGAUCCCAGCUCCCUCCGCAAGCAUAUCAAAGCUCACGGCCACUUUGUGUCCCCAGAACAACAAGGAAUGCUGAAAAUUCGACCGUCAACCAAGAAUCCAGUACCAUCAGAAAUGCCUUACUUAAAUGGGACACAGAUUAUAAUUCCCAAUCCAGCUGCCAUCUUUGGAAAUCAUCCCCUCCAGGCAUUGGGAACCUCACUGCCAAUUCCAAUACACCCUACACCUCUGGACCUCAGCCCGUUGACGUGCAGCACUGUUGGAUCUGCUGCAAUCACAGCCAUUCCUAGCUCUGUCAUUUCCCUCAAUAGCACUCCAAUAAAUUUAACCAAGACAUCUUUAAUGGCAUCACCAUUUUCGGCAAGUACCCUUGGACUUCCACUGAUGUCUUUGGUGGCCGGGUCUCAUGGCAACCUUGGAAGACUGUCAGCAUCAAAAGGGAAAGCAGCAGGUUGUAGGAAACGGGAUGGGACAGUCAAGAAUCAUCCUUCAGACAAAGAGUUACAGGAGAGGGUUGAGGCUCGACUAAGGCCAACAACAGAAAGCCUCUCAAUGCUCCCAGGAGCUGUGAUAGACUUGUCAAGUGGCAUUAACACCGUUCCUGCUGCUGACUCUCUGCCUCCUGGCUGGGUGGUCAUUCCUCCAGGGUCAGUAUUGCUCAAACCAGCUGUUGUAAACUGAAUUCAGUCAAGCCACUACUGCAGUGGUAUUCACUGACAGACACAAUGAAUCGACCAAGCCUUGGUUUGACAUGUUUGAACUGAGAUUAAACAAAAGACAAGAUAUUUUACCAAACUUGCGCUUUGUCGAUGGAAGCAUUGACCAAUUUUAUUUUAGUCUUCAGACCAGAAGUGGAUGAUGGAGAUUGACGCGUUGAAAUCUCAAGGUAGCAAGUGCAGGUUUCACUCCAGGGAAAGAUGCUUAGCAUCUCAUUGCCUAGUCCUUCCCAAUGCAAGUCCUAUUGAAACGAAGAUUCGAAGCUAGCAUAAGGCUGAAAAAUAAUCAGCUCUCGAUUAUGUGUUGUCGAAGAGGUGACACUAAUUAUAAAUGGGGGCACUUCUCAGCUCCUCUGGGAGCUUAGGAAUGUUACCUUGCAUUACUUUAAGCAUCAAGGGUCUUUUUGUUAUGUACCAAAUUAUUGAGAUAGAUCAGAACAUUUAACAAUAAUGAGAGCAAAAUAAGAAAUCUGUCAACAGAUGAGGCUUAAGACUGUAGUCAAUAUGGCUUAGACAAUUUCAGAUCAAUUCCAGUGAUGAGAAUGAAUGGAUUUGGCACCUGAUCAGCAAUUAGGGU